AUGCCAAAGAUAAGGACACAGAGGACGAAACCACCUCCAGAGGGAUACGAGGAUAUACAGGAUGUACUGGAAGAUUACGAGAAGAAGAUGAGGGAUGCAGAGAAUGACUCGCAUGAAGGGAAGAGGAAGGUGGAGUCUGUAUGGCCAGUAAUGCGAAUAUCUCAUGCUAGAUCGAGGUAUAUAUACGAUCUGUAUUACAAGCGAGAAUUAAUAUCGAGAGAAUUGUACGAUUGGUUAUUGAAGCAGGGGUAUGCGGAUGCCAACUUAAUAGCAAAGUGGAAGAAACAAGGAUACGAGAAAUUAUGUUGUGUAAGAUGUAUACAAACGAAAGAUAUGAAUUUCCAAGGAUCAACUUGUAUAUGUCGAGUACCGAAAGCUCAGCUUAAGAAAGGUACAGUGGUGGAAUGUCCUCAUUGUGGUUGCAGAGGAUGCGCUUCUUCAGAUUAG